CCCAAAGGCUUGCACCCCUCCUUGUGGGUUUUCUUCCUUCUGUGCAGACCGCUAGGGCAGCAGGAGCUGCUGCCACUGGCCAGGGCUAUGGCCACUGCACCCGGGGAGCGACUGCGGGAGGAGGCUCGGUGUUCCGUGUGCCUGGACUUUCUGCAGGAGCCCAUAAGUGUGGAUUGUGGCCACAGCUUCUGCCUGCGGUGCAUCUCCGAGUUUUGCGAGAAGUCGGACAGCGCUCAGGGCGGCGUCUAUGCCUGUCCCCAGUGCAGGAGUCCCUUCAGGCCCGCCAGCUUUAGGCCCAAUCGGCAGCUGGCCAGUCUGGUGGACAGCGUGCGGCAACUGGGAUUGGGUACAGGACACCCAGGGACGCGCCAGUGCGCGAGGCACGGCGAGGACCUGAGCCGCUUCUGCGAGGAGGACCAUUCGUUGCUGUGCUGGGUCUGUGACACUAGCCCUGAGCACCAGAGCCACCGCACUGAACCGCUGCAGGAGGCUGCCAGCCGCUACCAGAGGAUGCUCCGAGCGGCUUUGGAACUUGUGAGGAAGGACAUGGAGGAGGCUCUGAUGCAGGAGACCAACGUGGGGAAGAAGACUGUCAUUUGGAAGGAGAAAGUGGAGAUGCAGAGACAGCGUUUCAGGCUGGAGUUUGAGAAACACCGGGGGUUUCUGGCCCAGGAGGAGCAGCUGCAACUGAGGCGGCUAGAAGAGGAAGAGCGAGCGACCCUGCAGAGACUGCGGGACAGCAGGAACAGGCUGAUCCAGCAGAACAAGGCCCUGAAGGAACUGGCUGAAGAGCUGGAGGAGAGGAGCCAGAGGCCAGCCCUGGGGCUGCUGGAGGGAGUGAGAGGAGUCUUGACCAGAAGCAAAGCUGUCACACGGUUGGAACCAGAGGCGGUCCCCUUGGAGCUGAAGACAGUGUGUCGCAUCCCUGGGAUGAGGGAGAUGCUGAAGAAAUUCCAAGUGGACGUGAAGCUGGAUCCCGCCACUGCCCACCCAAGCCUGCUCUUGACAGCCGACCUGCGCAGUGUGCAGGAUGCGGAGGUCUGGAGGGAUGUCCCAAACAAUCCUGAGCGCUUUGACACCUGGCCCUGCAUCCUGGGCCUGCAGGGCUUCUCCUCUGGGAGGCACUACUGGGAAGUCAUCGUAGGAGAAGGAGCAGAGUGGGGCCUGGGGGUUUGCCAAGACUCAGUGCCGAGAAAGGGGGAAACCACACCAUCUCCAGAGAACGGCUUCUGGGCCAUGUGGCUGCUGAGGGGAAGCGAGUACAUGGUCCUGUCCUCUCCCUCGGUGCCUACCCUACAAGAUGAGCGACCUCGCCGCAUUGGUAUCUUUCUGGACUACGAAGCAGGUGAAGUCUCCUUCUACAACAUCACGAAUGGGUCUUACAUCUACACGUUCAGCCAUCUCUUCUCCGGCAUUCUCAGGCCCUACUUUUUUGUCUGUGACGCGACUCCUCUUAUCUUGCCACCCAUGACAGAAGCAGGGCCUGGAAACUGGACCCCCAGAGGUCUCCUUGAUCUUGCUGCUACUGUUAGAAGCGAGGACUGCUAAAACCACCCAGACGUGCUGUGCUUCACAGGGGCCAUGGGUGGAUGACCAUCAUGGUUGUGCUCUGCUUCAACAAACCACAGCCGCGACAGCUCUGCAGGUUCUGUGGAAAUUCUCCUGUGGGGACUAGGGAGUGGAUCCAAAGUGGUUCACACACUGAGGAACGAAUGUGGAGCAAAUGGCAGAGAUGGCAGCAGGCUCAUCAAACUCCCUUACCAGAUGUCUCGUUCUUCCUUGGUACAUGCUCACAGUAAUAAGCUAGAAUUAAAUGUAUUGUCCUUUCAGCCUCAACAUUUCCUGUAAUGGGAUUUAGGAGGAUCAGUUCUACUCGUUUCUGUUCAUUUUGUUUGUGAGACGCAGUCUUGCUGUAUAGCCUAGGCUGUCCCCAAACUCUUGCCUCAGUGUCCUGGGAGCAGGUGUGUGCCACAAUGCUUUGCUGAGAAACAAGAUGACUUCAAAAUAAUCUGAUAUUAUUCUAGUGAGACCCACAUUCUGAAUCUUUUUAAAUUUUCCUUUCUUGAUUUCAUUCUCUAGCUUUCUUUUGCUUUAUGUCUCAUCCUACUUAGUCUUAAAGUUCCUUCUAGGUGAAUAUAUUCGGAGUCUUUCCUUUAUACACUUGCAUUUCCUAGCACUACAGACAAUUACUUUCUAUCUUUUCUGUUUAAAGUUUUUUUCAUGUGUAUAUGUCUGUGCAUGUGUAUGCUACAUUAAUGCAAGUGCUGGCCGCAGCCAGAAGAGGGCAUCAGAUUCCUGCAGCUGGAAUUACAGGCAGAUGUGGACUGCCCAACAUGGAUGCUGGGAACUGGGAAUGGGACUCCAGUUCUCUGGAGCAGCGAACAGUUUUAACCACUGAGUCAUCUUUCCAGUCCCUGUCUCCUGUAUUUUAGAACCAGUUAUCAAUUAUUUUGAAGCUCAUUACUCUAAAUCCGACAUCACUGAUUCCUAGAUCUUCUCAUUUUGUCUUUUGAUUCAUUGCUUAUUUUAAAAUAUUUUAAAUGUUUUUUAAAAAGAUUUACUUAUUUUAUGUGUAUGGGUGUUGUUCCUACAAAUGCUUGUGCACUGUGUGUGUGCAGUGCUCAAGGAGGUCAGAAGAGGGAGUCAGAUCUUCUUGAGUUGGAGUUAUAAACAAUGAUAAGACCUCAUGUGGCUUCUGGGAACCAACCCUGGUCCUCUGUAAGAGUAACAAGUGCUCCUAACAAGUGCUUAGCCCAUGGAAUAAUGCUUUUUAAAGGAAGCCUGUGCUCUAGCAUUGGUGGUGGUGCAUGCCUGUCAUGUGGGCCCCAUAGCAAGAUCCUACCUCAAAGUCAGAGAAUGUAAUUUAGUUGUAAAGUACUUGGCUGUCUUGUUCAACAUCCUGAACUCAAUCCUUAGUAUCCAAACAGGCAGGAAUUUCUCAGGAAUUUAGAUUUUUUUCUUUUAGGAUCUAAUAAUGACUAGGUAACUGGCUUGAAAGCUGACUUCCCAUUCAAGGUCCUUCUCUGCAGGAUGGAAAUGGCAUGUGCUUGCUUCCUUCCCCUUUACCUGUUACUGGUUCUUAAGACUCCAGUCAAACAAUAUUCUUUCUCACUCAGAUUCAGCUUCUGGAAAUGGGUCCUAUGCAGGAAACCCAAAUGACACCCUUGUAGUGUAACAAAGACUUCUGAAGUUACCAUUGAUGAGUAUCCAGAAUUAAACUCUUACUUAAAUACUAUUUAAGGAUGGCAAUGAAGUGAUAAUAAUGUUCGUCUUAUUUUCCAAGUAAAUGCUAUAUCUUUCUAACAAAACCCUUAAAGGUCAUUGAAGGCUCCCUUGCUACCACUCCUCUCUGUAUCUGUAUCUGAUAAAUAAGUGUUAAACAAACAUUACAAAGUGUCAUGUUCUGAAAUGCCAGCCCUAUAGGAAUUAUUGGCAAAUUCAGUUAUCUUUAAUAGUCUACCAAAAUUUUUAUUUUUCUCUUCAAUUUUACUUAAAAACUCAAGAUGUUUUCCUUUUCCAUAGAUAUUUUUAUAAUCCACAUUAUUACUUCUAAUCAUGUUAUUGACAUGUCUUUUUAGAAUUUUAAAAAAAUCAUGUGCAGAUAAUUCUCUGCUUCAUCUCUCAUUUACAGACAGAAAUGACAUGUCUUCACAUGUCCCUGUGUGUAGUUCACAGACCACACAAGCCAUCUUAGUGCAUGAUCUGAGUGGAAGAAAGGGAGUUUAGCCCAUCAAUAGAGCCUGGACCAAUGGACCAAUGAUUGUCUCCCAGGGAUUGCCAACCACUCACAGGGUCAUGGAAACCAUCUUUCUGGGACUGAGGCAAUUGGUGCAUCUGAGUUCCAGGACCAACCUUUCUGCCAUGGAGAUCAUAAUUCAUGUCUCUGGGGUGUCCCUAAGUUCUACCAUCUCACAGUGCCCUUUAGCAAGAUGUCAGUCACCAACCUAACAUGAGUCAUUGAAGACCUCAUCCUCUGUGUUCUAAGAUCUUGCCUCUCCUGCUUUGAUCUGUCUCCUUAUCUUUCCAGUCCUUGAAAUGAUCUCAACAUCCUCUCUGGAAUUCUACUCCAUUGACUGUAAGACCCUCUAAAUGGGUAUCCAUCUCCCCGCCAUCCUCACACUUUCUCCCAAACAAUACUCUCUUAUAUUUAACCAUUGGCUUGAAGUCUACAGGCAGUUAAAGCCCAGCCUGUCUAAAACUUAGCCCCAGAUCCUACCAUGGGACAGUCUUCCUCUAAUUAAAAUCAGAAAAAAAUGUCCCAUAUCUUGUGCACGGCAAUGUCUUUCCUUCAGUUCUCAGACCGAGCGACCCCUUUACGGUGUUCUUGACCCCACUGUCCACCUCUAGUCCCUCAGCAGUGACAGUGCGGCUCUGCUUUCUAAAGGGCGAAGAGUCCAGUCAGUCUUCAUCUUUAGCUGCUGCAGUCUGAGCCUGCACUUUCACCCCCACCCUUCUCUCUGCGGUUUCCCACCUGGCCCUUACUUGCUCACGUUCACCUUCAACAUCUCUCAGGCCCCAGACAGUGGUACCACUGCACUGACCCUCUCAAUAGGGUUAGAGUCUGGUGAAAACUUCACCCUUCGUGGUGAGAUCUUGGGCCCUCAGAGAUCUAGGUUCAAUCUCUGCUCCAAUUCUAUCUUCUUCUCUAGCUACCUUGUCUCGGUGGUGGAUCUACAGCAAAGCAAGUGCUUCCCAGCACAAGACUUCUCCCCAGCUGUGAUUUAGGCCUGCAACUCUCCUUUCCCAGUGCCUCUUCAUCUAUUUCCUUCUCUCUGAUAAGACCAUUCAAAGGCUUCUCACUAAAGACCUUUUCUCUCCAUACCCCCAGAGCACACCUUCCCAGUUCCCCUUUACCCGCUCAUGAGUUUGCUUAGCCCACAUAGUAUUUAUCGGUAUGUAUCAGCUCCCAGUACAUCAUAGUUAACUCUUAUUUUGGAAGUUUUAUUUAAUUACUAAUUUAUUUGUUUGUUUUUGUGGUGUGAUGUAAGCAUCAUGAAGGGAACAGAAUAUUUAUUAACAGUAUAAUCCUACAAUCUCAAACACUGGUUGGGUGUGUGGUUAUGACCAAAUACAUAUUUGUUGAAUGAGUAAAUGAUUAACCUGGAAAGAGAAAUAAAUGAUGCAACCAGAAAUGUUUUACAAAAUGCAAUAUAUAGAUACUAUUUGUAACCAGUCAGUCACUAUCCAAUAAAAGGUUAAUGCCCAGUGCUAAA